AUGAACCGUGCAAAUACGAAGAUCCUGUCCCGAUUGGCUGCACGAAGAUUUGAUACAAAGAAUUUUGCAGUUUCGACUGUUUUGGCGAAAAAGAGAGAAAUUCCGGAAGAUUGGCUGCCGCUGCAUUUGAGGGAUGAAGCGAUCUCGGCAAAACUUAUUUCUACAAAGGGGCGCGCGUUCCGCAACUUCCAGACCAUCUUUGGCUGGAGCCUCGUCAUCUGCCUUGUCGUUGGAAUCUACUACGGAAUACAGAACUUGGUCGUUGCUUCGGCCCCACUAGUCAUUGGAGAACUUUCCGAAGAAGAAAUAAAAAAGAUAAAAACUGUAGAAGAUAAUUCUGUUGAGACGAAAUGGCUUAAUUUAUCAACUUCUGAAGCGAGCAAAAAACAAUGA